UUAUCUGAUUGGAUGGGCUCAAAGGAGAGCGUGCAAGAAUUUCUCCCAAAUAUGGGUGGAGGAGCCGUGAUUUGAAUAAAAAAAACAAAAGAAGGGCAGGGUGGUGAGUUGACUUGAGUUGUGUUAGUUUCAAAAGAAACAAGUAUGGAGGAAGGAGUGAAGAGAUGGGUGGUAGACAUAUCAAAGUGGGACCCACUACCCCGUCAAUUCUCCUUCGCCCUCUCCCUCCUUCCUCCCCAACAACACUCCUCCGUUACCAGGUUUUUUAAAACUCAAGACCAGAAACGUGCACUUAUCAGCAGAAUGCUUCAAUACGCACUUCUACACGAUCUCAUCAAAAUCAAUAACCCUUUCUUAUUCACCAUUAAAACUACUUCACAAGGCAAACCAUUCUUGGAUAUACAGGAUUAUGAUAAAUUGGGUAUUACAUUCCCAAAUUUUAAUUUCAAUGUCUCUCAUCAUGGCGACUAUGUCGCCAUUGCAUCUGAACCUUUAUGUCUUGUGGGGAUUGACAUUGUCUCCUUUGAUAUACCUCAGGGAGAAACAGUUGCAGACUUCAUUCACUCUUUUGAAUCAUAUUUUUCAUCUUUGGAAUGGUAUAAUAUACUCAAUGCUCCCACUUCCAAUCAUGUAUUAAUUCAAUUUUACAGGUAUUGGAGCCUAAAGGAAGCAUAUGUUAAAGCCAUGGGGAGUGGACUUAUUGAAGGGUUGAACAAAGUGGAGUUUUCUCACACAAACUGGACUAAUAUAUCGGCUACAAUGGAUGGGAAGUUAAUGGAUUUGUGGAGAUUUUGGUUGAUUGAACUUGGUGAACGACACUGUGUGGCGAUUGCCAGAGGUCCUCCAAAAUCAGCUGAUAUUAGUUACAUAUCAACAUUGAAGAAAGUAGACUUUACUGAACACGAAUAUAAUAUAGGUCUUCAUCUUCCAAAUGUAGACUUUGUGGAACUAAGUGUAGAACAACUUGUUUUAAUUUUACAGAAAGCAUUUGAUUGUGAAAAUAGAGGUUAGAUGUUUUUGUAAAUCUAAGAAGAAUUACUAUAUACACAUCAAUCCAAAUACUGUUAGGUGUACUAUAAAAUAA